AUGUAUGGUAUAUAUCUGGGAAUAGGGCAACCUACACGACUAGUAGAACAAAGUGCUCCCCGCCAAAACAAUCAGCAUUGUUUUCUCUACAUUUUACGAAACACUUCGUUCUUACUCUUCGUUAUUCUCAUAGGGCUGCCGUAA